ACAUGGGGACACACACACUAACCCGUUCUGACAUGCAGACAUCCACACUACUUAUGCAGACACGCAGCAGGAUGUUACGUACACAUGGGGACACACCCAUCUACAGUCAAUAAAAACAUUAAAAAGAGAGACGUGUGAGCUGAGGAAGUUAUUUUCCACCCAUCUGGAACAAAGUUCAGUUACAACGACACACAAAGAGACACACUGCAGCAGACAUUACGGAUCCAUAACCAGCUCCAAGACUUCUAAAGGAUGAAGAACCUUAGAGUUCCCCUCCUCUCUCUCUCCAUCUGCCUGUUGCUGGGCAACCUGGGGGUGAGUGGCUACAGUAAAGACACACCCUGCCAACGGUCCCGAUGCAAUAACUGUCAUGAUAAGUUCCUAAACCGGCAUGUGCGUCCAGAUACACCCGAUAACAACCGACCGCAACGUGUGGGAGAAGUACCUACGUGAAAACAGUGACUGCUCAAGACCCACGCAGUCCUUCCUCCAUCCCAAAGACCGGGAGAGGGUGGACGCGGUCUGCUCCAGCUCUGGGGGAAAGACGUACCGGGGGAACCUGUGCAUCAGCCAAAGUCCGUUCACAUUUCUAACAGUGAGGAGCGAGACUGGGACCUGUGGCGUGUCCAGCGUGCGGGAAGAGACCAAGCAUUUGAUCCUGGCAUGUGAGGUGCUGGAGAACAGGUGUGUGCCGGUGCACUUCGAGGGGAACCGCGAGGGGAGCAAGCCCGACAAUAACGCUGCAGGAUGUGGCAGCACGGAGAAAGGGAAGGGCUCAAGCUUCAAAGUAUCAGGAAUGUGGCUGGCAUCUUUAUUGAUACUCAUGUUUCUCUCACAACUCCUUUUCUGAACAGUUGGGGGGGGGGGGGGGCAUAUUAGUUUAAA